ACUAUACCACUUUUCGAACACAGGCCUCCUUUUAAAUUGGCUUCAUCAAUCUUUUAUAUCAUUUUACUUUCGUCAAAAGACCGUGGAGGUUUGCGGAAAAGUAGCAAUUAACGUAGCUUCCUUGGUUCUUUUUUCAUACAGAGGUAUUUGGAUCUUUAGUUAAAGCAUCGAGAAAACUCAUAGCUAUCAAAUCACGCUAUUCGUCUUUGAAUUUGAAUUUGAUUUGAAUCUAGAGGUGGAGUUCUAUAUCCAUUAUCAAUCAUCAGUUGAACUCUCUGGUUUCUCGAUUUUUAUGUUGAUGCUAAUUUCUAACAAAGAUCCUUACUUGAAGCAGACUGUGGACUCAAAAUUUGAGCGGGUGUUUCAAUCAUUGCCUAAAUCAAAGCUCAUAAAAGAAGCUUCGGAACUCUUAAAGCAAAAAACUGUUUUAAAAUACGAACAGAAAAAAGAACCGUUUUCUCCUACAACCAGUCGAUUGAGUGUGAAAUCAAAACUUGAUUCAGAAAGCAAGGGAAAGAGCAGACGAAUUCAUGACUCCACAGGAAAACAGAAAAAGGAGUCUAGCUUGGCUACAAACAAUGAUGAUCCCAAGAGCCCUUAUAUAGGCAAGGCAUCUGAUACAAAAAAGGAGAAGAAUGGCUUUGAAAGUGUAUUUCCUAGAGAGGCUUUUACAACUCCCAUAAAAGCCCCGUUUGAUAUCACUCAAGACCGGUUUGUGGUCCCUAGCGCGAAUGGGGAUUUUGAAAUACCUGAAGUUCAGAAACAAUCCUCUCUCUUGAAUGACAUUAAUAUAUUUGAUGAUUCAAACGGAUUUAACUUCGCGAACGGUUCUAAGGAACCUUCAACUUCUUCUUCUUCCAAUAAAUACGCUUCAAAGUCUCCGGAGUCACAUUCAAGUUUAGACGAUGUAAAAAAAGAUGUGCUUCAAGAGCGAAGUUCUUUAAAAAAAAUAAAAGUCAGUCGGAAGCGCCCUAAAGCUGAAUUGAGCAAGCUACAGACGUUUGGAAAAUUAAUUAUGAAAGAAGGCAAACGAAGGGAAUCACCGACGCUCUAAUUCACCAAAACCGCUGUACAUUCUACUAUUAAUCAGUUUAAAUUUUCUGAAACUUUUAAUUUUAUUAUUUAAGUAUUGACUACUUUACCGUUAAUGCAUGAACCAAGUCGUUUAUUUUUUGUGAGGUCUCCUUUAAAAAGGAUGACAGUUCAAAGAAAAGGAAGGACUUUGUCAACAAAAAGGCAUGAAUAUUAUGUAAAAACACGUACAUUUGUAAAAGAUUGAUAUAAUUCUCCCAGUUUAGUCUUUCUAGUGGU